GCAAGCGACGCCAUGUUCAUUUGUCAACGGACUCUACAACGCAUCGGGCAGUUCUUUAAAUGUUACAUUACGAGCGAUUUAAAUUUAAAAAAACCAAAGUGAUUAUUAACAAUCGAAUUGUACAGUUUAAUGGAAUAAAGUAACAAUGUCGUCGACAGAAUUGAAAAAGAGAAAACGGGAGGAAUAUGAGAUGCAAUUAUUCGGCUUUCACUCGAGAAUAGUUUACGAUACUUUAUUGUCCCUGAUUCAAGAUGAGAUCGAAUCAAAAUGUCAACAACUCACAGAAACAAUCAGAGAAAAAUAUAAACCUGAUGAGGAGGGCCUGAAGAUGCUACUGAGGGAUGGGAAAAAAUUGAAAAAGUGUUAUUAUCGUGCAACUAGAACUCAUUUGCCAGCGCUCGAGAAUUGCGUGAGUAGAAUUAUUUGUGUGCCUUCACACGUUCUGCUGGAUGAGGAUAAAGUGCAGGCUGUGCAAUACAGUGAUAAGGAGUCCAGGGAGAAGCAGGAGAAGCUGGAAAAAUUGCAAAGAAGAUUGAAAAAGGCUGUAAUAUUCAAUGCAGCCCUCAAAGACGAGCUGGAAGUGGCUACUGACCUUGAAAACAAAAUAGAAGACGCAAAUAUGCUGUGCAAAAUCAUCGAGGAGGCCUCCAAAGUACCAGACGUCAGUAGAACAUUAAUAAAACUAAUUGAGAAUUACCAGGACCUAGAGAGACAGCUCAGGAGUAUGCGACACCCACCUCGUACCCACGAAGAACGCGAGUACCACGAUCCCCUCGAAGAACUCGAUAUCGACACUCUUCCAUAGACUAAACCCAAAACAAGAAUAACGGAAAAAAUAUAUAAACAACUGUAAAUUUGUAAAUAGCCAAUGAAGUAUCUAAGAAUAUAGUAUUUCAGUAGCGAAGUGGUAAAACAGUACAAGUGAAUUUUGACUAUUGGCCAGUUUUUAAUGAAUAUCUCGGAAUC